CUCACGGGGGAUCUCACCACCCUUGACUGAGCUGGCGACUCCUUCUCCCUAUGGGUCCUGGCUCUGCCCUCUGGGGCCCCCGACACCCUGCCCGCAUAUGACCGCCCAGGAAAUACAGUCUCCGGACCUUUCAGUUCAGGGAAGACCAUGGAGACGACAGAAUCCUCCUCCCAGGCGCGAGGUCACAAUCGAAUCCACAGAGAGACAGAAGAUCUAGACUAUGGAGAGAUGGACUUCCACAAACAAGACCCGAAGAAAGACAAGUCUUCCUCCUCCUCCUCCUCCUCAUCAUCAUCCUCAUCAUCUUCCUCCUCCUCCUCAGGUGACAAGCAUGGAGAGCCUGAUGUGCCCAAGGAUGAGCUGCAACUCUAUGGAGGUGCACCUGGAGAGAUGGUACCCUCUGGGGAAUCAGGACUCCGGAGGAGAGGUUCUGACUCAACAAGUGGGGAAGUGGACGUCCCUCCCUUAAGAAGAUUGAAUAUCAAGAAAGAUGAUGAGUUCUUCCACUUCGUCCUCCUCUGCUUUGCCAUCGGCUCUCUGUUGGUUUGUUAUCACUAUUACGCAGACUGGUUCAUGUCCCUUGGGGUUGGCCUUCUCACCUUUGCCUCCCUGGAGACGGUCGGCAUCUACUUCGGGCUAGUGUACCGGAUCCACAGUGUCCUGCAAGGCUUCAUCCCUCUCUUUCAGAAGCUUAGGCUGCUAGUGUCCAGGAGGGUCGACUGAGGCCUGUGCCAGGAAGGCCGUUGGUCAGGCCAGAGUGACCAUGAGGAUGGACAGUUAGAGCCAAGUGUGGACGAUGCAUGGUAGCCAAGCUGGAUCAAGAAAGCGAUCACUCUUCCUCCUAGGUGGUCUGAACACUGACAGCAGCCCGGGCAUGCAGCCCAGGUCAGGAGGGAUGGCAGAUGGUGGGCAGGGGUGCCCGAGCCCUUCUGAGUACCCGGAUCAACAGCAGGAGGGCUCUGGGAUGUCCCUUCUCUCAGGAGACAGUAGAAGACCAUGCAGACUGUAAUAUGUCUGGGCUUCUAGUUUCUCUCACAUCAACCCCUGUGGGCUUUUCAGUCCUGCUGAGCUAACCCAGGACAGAUAGUCCACACGACCCUGAGGAAUGAGUUCCCCAGUGACCCUAUGCAAGUGAGGUGUUGGGAACUAGAGUCACAGCAUUUCGGCUUCUCUCUGCCCUGCCACCAGCACUGCCUACUCUCCAUCAAGAUACAAUAAACAUUCUAUUCUCCAGAUUAAAGAGAGUCAGCUAACCAUUCUUUGGGUUUCUAGAGCAUGAGGACACAUUGA